GUGAAGCCGACCGGCUCAACAUCUGUCGCAAAUAUAAGUCUACACGGCUUCCAGCGCACCGCUUCAGACCGCCACCACCCUCUGCUGGAGGGCCUUGGCUAUGCUCCUACUUGCCCUCGCUCGAACGGCGUACACUUCCUCGCGGGGUUUGCGGCUCUGCCAUGGCUGCACUUGAUUAACAUUCUGUGGUUCUUCAACGAGGCCCGACGACCGGGCUCCAACCCGUUGUUCAAGCGAUAUCUGCUGUUCAGCGCGGUCAACAUUAUUGUCUGGAUUGUUGCUCUUGCAGUGUGGAUUCCCAUCUACCAGUCCAACCGCGCCUCCUGGGGUUCGUUUGGCGAUGACAUUUCCAUUGUGAUUCCCAAGGGCAUAGCAUAAGCGUAUUGUUGCUGCUGCUUCGUUUCUGGCCUGUUGAGGGUUUUUUCAGGGUUUCCAUCUUGUUGAUACUUGUCUUUGUGUUUUUGUGAGCAGUCGUAAUCACACCAUGUCUCCAUGUUUCUCAUACUAUUCAAACCACUCUUUUUUUUU